AUGCUUCAACUCAAGAGGCUGCCAUGGUCAACAGCUGCCGUUGCUCUAAAAGCAGUCAUCGUCCUCUUUGGCAUCCUUCUUUGCUACCAAGCCUACACAUUCUACGGCGAAUGGAGCUGGCCGAAAUCUUUUAGUCGUGGCACCUCACAAGAUCCUGUUUCUCUUAUUCACCCUCAUGGUGGGAGCCAAUGUUUAACCUCGCUGAACUCCUCCUUUCUGCUAGAGGCAAAGACGAUACGGAAUGCAUGCCGGAAUAUGCCUCCAUACCCAUCCUCGGACGUACGAAUCGGAAGAGUCACUGCACACUUUGGCUCGGUCCAGGAACACUAUCAGAAGGCGCUUGGUACGCACGUACUGCACAGCAUGAUCCAUGACAACGACCUGGAGGUUAUGUGUACUCCAGUCGUUGAUUCACUCUGGAACAAACCUGCCUUCAUCUUGUCUCUCCUCUUGAAAGAGAUGGUCAAGCCUGCUCAAGAGCGCUUGGAAUGGCUGUUCUGGGUGGACCGCGAUACCCUCAUUCUCGAUCAGUGCCGCCCUUUGUCGAGCUUUCUCUCACCUCACGACGUUGACGAUUCUGACGAAGACGAAGACACAGACGCUUCAGAGUCCGAGCGAAGAGACGAGACGAAUCCCGAUGACAUACAUCUCUUGGUGACCAACGACUGGAACGGCCUUAACAACGGCGUAUUCUUCGUACGGGUAAACCAGUGGGCAAUUGAACUGUUCAGCGACAUUGCUGCAUUUCGAUACUACAGACCCAACGUCUCGCUUCCAUUUACCGAGCAAAGUGCGAUGGAGAUCAUAAUGAACGAGCCAAAGUUCAAACCCAACGUUCGAGUUGUGCCUCAAGAGUGGUUCAACACUUAUCCUAAAGGGUCGGCCACAGAAUUCGUUGAGAAAUCGGACGAAGAUGGCUUGAAGGACUAUCAUGCAAGGCGAGGGGACUUCUUACUACAUUUUGCAGGUCGCGGUGGAAGGGACAAGUUGAUAAAUGAGUGGGCCGAGAUGUUGGAGGGUACCAGAAGCAUAUGGCCGAAAGAAGAGGUUCAAAGGAAUGCGACAACAAGUAUUCGGGGGUUUUGGUCCGGGCUCUGA